AUGGACACAUCAAUACAGCCUUCUGCAGAAAAGCUGACAAUCUUAAAAUGGUGUCAUGCUGUAAUAACUGAAAUCUCCUGCCAGGAAAAGGGCACCAUGCUCGCGCCUGGCUCUGCUCUGACGUUGGAGCAGGGCUGGCAAACAACAGGGGCAACGGGAAGCCUCCAGAACCUGAAGAAAUUUAAUAACCAGGACUUCAACCACCUGCGAGCCUUGUGCCUGAGCCAAGGACUGCUUUUUGAGGAUGCUACCUUCCCCGCUCACAUCAGCUCCAUUGGUCCCAACCUGCUCCCAGAGGAUAAGCUGCGGCAAAUACAAUGGAGGAGGCCACCUGAACUUCAAAGAAAUCCUUAUUUGAUCCUGGAUGGAGUUAGCAGAUUUGAUAUCAUGCAGGGAGAAAUAGGUGACUGCUGGAUGCUGGCUGCCCUGGGCUCCCUGACACUGCAGAAGCGAUUUUUGGAAAAUGUUUUACCAAAGGAUCAAGGAUUCCAGGAUGAUUAUGCUGGAAUUUUUCAUUUCCGGUUCUGGCAAUAUGGAGACUGGGUGGAUGUAGUGAUAGAUGACCAGCUGCCAAUCCUAAAUGGAAGAUACCUGUCCGUACACCCUCGAACGUCAAAUGAAUUCUGGCCAUCCUUGCUGGAAAAAGCAUAUGCCAAGUUACGGGGCUCCUACCAGAACUUGCAUGGAGGUUACCUUUCUGAUGCUUUAGUAGACUUCACAGGUGGAGUCCAAGUGCAGUUUUCAUUGAAGGAACCCCCUCCUGAUCUGAAGGAGAUACUGAAAGCAGCUGACAAAUCAAAGUGUCUGAUGGGGUGUAGCACUUCAGUCCAGGUGAGGAGGAACAUAACGCUGAGGAAUGGGAUUGUACAGGGUCAUGCCUACACUGUCACAGGAGCUGUGAAGAUACCCUACAAGAAUGGCUGGAAACAUAUCAUCAGAAUCUGGAAUCCAUGGGGCCAUGGGGAGUGGAAGGGGCCCUGGAGUGAUAACUCUCCUCAGUGGAACCAUGUUGAGCCUAAAUUCAGAGAAGCCCUCCUCAGAAAUAAGGAUGAUGGAGAAUUCUGGAUGUCCUGUGAAAACUUCCAGGAGCAGUUUUCCUGGCUGUAUAUAUGUAAUAGCACCCCAACAUUUCUGGACUUUGGAGAUCAGCACUGCACAACGUGGUCCGUGGACAGGCACAUCAACUGGUGGCAUCCAGUCCUUGCCACAGGCAGAAACAACUAUUUCCCAGGUGCAGUUUCAAUGAACCCUCAGUAUUUCUUUGAAGUGCCAGAUUAUGACCCAAAAACCUAUAACAUAGUUAUUUCACUCAUGCGAAAACGUGCUGAGGAUACGCAGGAGGCAAAAAAAAUGAAGAUUGGCUUUUUGAUCACCAAGGAGAACUCCAAAGUUGUGAAAGAAAAUUUUUCCCUGACUCGAGAUGUGACCAACUACUUUACCUUGAGCCCAGGAACCUAUGCUGUUGUUCCUGCUGCAACAGACAACCAAGAAUUUGAAUUUCUCUUACGAAUUUUCAUGAAGAAUCAAGACUACAAUGA